ACCCCCCCAUUCAGAUCGCGCCGCCGCCUCCCAGCCACGUCCUUCCUUCCUUCUGGCACCGCCUCCUAGGCACCUACUCCCUUCCACCGCUGCCUCCCAAGCACCUCCUCCCUUCCGCCGCCCAGGCACAUCCUCCCUUCCGCCUCCCAGGAACAUCCUUCCUCCCAUCAGCCCCUAUCGACCGAGGCACGCGUCAGUCUCGCCGGAGAGAGAGGAGAUGCCGCCGAGCAACAACGACAUCAUGGCUGGCUUGCUCGCCGGCCCGCGCGCGCGUGCUUCGAUGCGUGGUGCUUCAUCGAGCUGGUCGGGCCGCAGUGCGCGCGUGGCCUGCAUAGGGUUUGCGGUGGCAACGCUACACGCCGGCUGCGGGUCUCCGGCUACCAGGAAGGCGGCGGCACCGAUUCGAGUUGAUCCUCAAGGGUGACCAAGAGGUCCUGCUGAGCUUAAGCUCGUCCACGACGACCCACCAUGGCAGGCACACCCCGAUGCUCCUCGGUCCAUGUUGGUGGUUGGUCGUGCAGGCUUUGCCAACCUGCUCUGGAAGCAGCUCGACCACCAUGAUGAUGUCGGCUUCGACCCGACGCUCUUCCGCGUGGACGCCUACGGGAACGUCCAGUAUGCAUCUCCUCUUACCGAUUCCGUCCGCCGCCACGGCCACCAUGCUACAGACAGGCCAUCCAACACACAUCGAACUACCGCUGCUCCUCCUCGUCUCGUCUGUCUUCUUGCCCGGGAAGAAAGGAAGCGCCAGAGACCAGCCACCAAUGGCGGUGCCACUGGAUUUCCCAGCGGAAGCUCCGGCAUCAGCACCAACGCACCCUCAACCUCCUCACCCUUGGAUUUGGGCUCUACAAGCUUGGAUUCCCAAGUACUUGUGGUGAAGAAGAGCAAGGCCAAGAAAGACUCCAACAAGCUCAAGCGCCCCCUGAGCACCGUCUUAGUUCUCAUAUGGAGAGGGUGCUCAAGGAUGAUGCCAUCCAGGUGAAGGGCGAGCGUGCCAGGAUGGUGAUUUGUUUCUUGGAAUUUGGAAGAGGAAGACGAUGAAGCGUGGUGGUUAUCUAUCAUGCCUUGUGUUCUGGUUGUACUUCAUAGCUAGUUUCAUUGUAUUUUUUACUAGUCUGGUUGUAUAAACAAUAUGUAAAGAUUGUAAUAGGCUAAUUUUGGCUAUCAUUUCAAGUAUAUAGUUCUGUGUCA